CUUUUACAAACAUCAUGAUUUUCAUGCGCUCAAUUGCCCUUGCGGCAUCCACCAUCAUCGGUCUCACCUCCGCAGCGCCUACUGUGAAGGAAGCCAGGCAAACCCCAUGGGUCCCCGGGACCCAGAACAACACUCAAGAGUUCUACAUCAAAAUGACCGUGACGGACGGCCUUGAGAAGUAUAACGGAUGGGCCCUGGAAGCGUAUCACACCGGCGCAGGGGAGGCCGACCCCGUAUUCGUGAACGGCACGGGCUCGCGAGCCUUUCUGAACGGGACGAAUUUGCAGUUCGACGUGUCGCCGUACCCAUUCAGCGUCAAUGCUUUCCCCUCCGACACCAACUAUGCACGUUGGGAGCCCGUGACUAUCACGUCGGGCUUUGGCUCGGGACCGUGGGUGAACGGCGGGCCGGAUGGGCUCCAGGUCGAUCAGGACGAGUCCGAUGGGUGGCUGGUCUGUGAGUGGUAUCACGAUGAUAAUGCGCCGCAGCUCUUCCAGAUGAUCAAGUAUUUUGACAAUGCGACGGACGAGAGCCCGUAUGAUGUGCCGUCGAGCUGUGCCAGGGUUCUCUUGUUUCCCGAGUUCAUUUAAGAGCGUGUCUUGUUGAGAAGUUCAUGUACUGUUGUUAUUCCAUGAAAUAAUCAUAUAAUCAUAAUAUUAUCUCCUA